CCUAGAAUGGUAACCUGGGGUGAUUUUCUCCCUAGUGAAUUUGGAGAUUAUGCAAUUCACCCACAAGGCAUGGUGGGAAUGGGUUGGCGGUCUCAGUACCUUCAUGGCCUUGUCUGACUUGGUUGGUGGAGGGUGUGCUGUCCGGCUCUCUCACUGGGUUUUUUCCAUAGACUGCAUUUAGGGAGAAUUUCUCCCAGACUUACUGUUACCGUAAGUUGUACAGCCUGGGUGAAAUUCUCCCAUUGUUACUAUUAUUGUAUUAUUUUGUAAACCCUUACAUAAUUUUUUUUUUCUUUUCAGGCAAGAUUUACUGAAUAAAUUGAGUGAAUUAUAAAGAAUAAGCCAUGUCCCGCAAAAAGCGAUACACAGAUGAAGAACUGGCUGAGAUUAUGAACACAACUGGGACUCUAUCAGAUAUUUGUGGAGAUAAAAGUGGUUCUGAAAGUGAUAAGAGUGAAAUUGAUGAACUUGAAGUGGACCUAUUAUAUGAUAGUGAUGAAGACAAAGAAUAUGUUCCUAAACCAGGAGAAGGUGGUGAUGAGAGUUCUGAUGAGGAAGACUGGAGCAAGGAGAAGAAGAAAAGGGGGAAAAGGUUAUCCUCCACACCAGCCAAACGCCAGGCUACCCGUCCUGACUUCAGUACCCCAUCAACCUCUGCUGACCGUUCCCUAUCCCCAAUUCCUACCGAUCGUGCCACGUCCCAAGCACCUACUGCUUCUACUUCAGCUAGUCCUCCUGCUACUGAUGGGGGAAGACACCAGCGUGAUAUUCCGCCCGUGGUCACGUUCAACACUACAACGAUUGCCACCCCUAGUAACUUUAGGUGGAGUUGUCAGCCGCAGAUCCCAGCUAGAGCAAGGACUUCCACAAGGAACAUCAUGAGUGCCUUUACUCCUGGCCCAACUCCAGGGGCGGCAAGGAAUGCAGUGUCACCUGAGGAAGCUUUCAGUUUAUAUUUCAAUGAUGAUAUCAUCCAAAUUAUUGUGACUUGGACUAACAAGACCAUUGCUACAGUUGCCUCCAAAUAUAAAGUAAGAUCAGCCACUUUUGCUCCCACUGUGCCAUUAGAAGUCAAAGCACUGCUGGGUGUACUAGUCAUCAGUGGCCAGAAGAACGAUGAACACAUCCCCACCAGUGAAAUGUGGAGCUUGGAUACAGGUUGUGCUCUAUACCGUGUGGCAAUGUCCGAGGCUCGGUUCAGGUUCCUUAUUCGGUGUCUAAGAUUCGACGACCCAGAAACACGACAGGCUCGGCGAGAGGAUGACAAGUUUGCUGCUGUGAGGGAAAUAUGGGACAUUUUUAUUGAAAAAUGUGGCAAACUGUAUGUCCCCCAUGAAAACCUCACUGUUGAUGAACAGCUACUGGGAUUCAGAGGCCGCUGUCCCUUCCGUAUGUAUAUCCCUAACAAGCCGGCCAAGUAUGGCCUCAAGCUCGUUCUCAUCAAUGAUAGUGAGUCCAGUUACUUACUUGGUGGCAUCCCUUACUUGGGGAAGCAGGGGACUCAACCAAGGGGCAACCUUACACUCGGCCAUCACUUUACCCGAGAGCUGACGAGGCCCUACCAUGGAACACACCGGAACGUCACGACUGACAACUGGUUCACCUCUGUUCCCCUGGUAUCAGAUCUCCUAAAUAACUGUGACAUGACUCUUGUUGGCACAGUGCGCGCCAACAAGAAGGAGAUACCGAAGGAGAUGAAGGAGAAAGGUACAAGAAAGCGGGGAUCAAGUGCCUUCCUGUACACAAAGGAAAUGACUCUGGUGUCAUAUGUGUCUGAUACAUCCAAAACAACAAAGAAACUAGUGUUGCUCCUGUCAUCUCAGCACUCUCAGCCCAACAUUGGCACUAAAGGAAAGCCGGAGAUUAUUGACUUCUACAAUUCAACGAAAGGAGGAGUUGAUACUUUUGAUCAAAUGUGUUCCCUGAGUUCCUGUUCGCGCAAAACAAGACGUUGGCCACUCUGUAUCUUCUAUGGAAUGCUGAAUGCUGCCAAUGUGAACUCUUACAUUAUAUACAAGGAGAAUAUGGAAAGAGGGGGCAACAGAAAAAUCAUGUCACGCAAGAAGUUCAUGCUGCAGGUCGGGAAGGCACUAAUCACUCCAUGGGCCACGUCACGGCUGCUUUUACCCUUGCCUCGAUCCCUGCAGUCCUUGAUCACCACUGUCUGCAAUGUACCCUCACCAGGCAGUGCUGCAGGAUCACCAGGGACAUCUUUCUCAGACAGCAGUGGUGCAUUGGUGCGCUGUUGUGAGUGCCCGGUCAAGUCGGACAGGAAGACGCAUCACAGGUGCAACAAGUGCGUCAGGCCCAUGUGUCCUCGCCAUCUGUAUCCUGUCUGUGGUGACUGUAUCUGAGUAUUGUAGACGAGCUAGAGGGAUGGGACUCAGCCAGGGCGUAGUCCCAUGACCCAAGAACACUACUACACCAGAAAAAAACAAUCUGGCCUGUAUGAUUUUUUUUGUCAAAUUAAU